GAUACCAGGCAAAAAGUGAGCCUUCAAGAAGUGCUAGUUUUGUGUGUGGUUCUGUAGAUCAGAUCGUCGUUAAUCUGAAUUUUUUUUCUCUUCCGGAGGCGAAAAACCUGGUUGCUUCAAUUUUGGAUAUCGUGUGCGCAUUAACGCUCCCCUGGGCAUUGCAAGUAGAGUGAAAAUUACACCGAAAAGAUGCCUUCCAGCGAUCCUUUGCCACCGAAAGAGAGUGCUCUGUUCCGUAAGAUUCUGAAAUGUUACGAAAUGAAACAAUACAAAAAUGGGCUGAAACUAGCAAAGCAGAUCCUGACAAAUCCCAAGUUCACCGAGCAUGGCGAAACGCUCGCGAUGAAGGGCCUAACGCUUAACUGUCUGGGCCGGAAAGAGGAAGCAUACGAUUACGUCCGCCGUGGUCUACGCAACGAUCUCAGGUCGCAUGUCUGCUGGCACGUUUUCGGGCUGUUGCAACGCUCGGAUAAGAAAUACGAAGAGGCCAUCAAAUGCUACCGGAAUGCGCUCAAGUGGGAGAAGGACAACAUUCAAAUUCUGCGGGACUUGUCUCUGCUACAGAUACAAAUGCGUGAUUUGGAAGGCUACCGAGAAACUCGUCAUCAGCUGUUCAAGCUGCGACCUUCGCAGCACGCCUCGUGGAUCGGGUUUGCCAUGAGCUACCAUCUGCUGGGGGACUACGAUACGGCCAACAAUAUAUUGGAGACUUUCCGCGCAUCGCAAUCUGUGGAAACGUACGAUUACAAGCAUAGUGAGUUUCUGCUGUACCAAAACCAGGUUAUCCGGGAGUCGGGUCACUACGAGAGAGCGUUGCAGCAUCUGAAAAAGUAUCAAAAUCAAAUCCUUGACACGCUUGCCGUAAAAGAAGCAGUAGGUGAACUGUGCCUUAAGCUCGAACGUUAUGAGGAAGCCGCCUCGACCUACCACGAUCUGAUCAAACGUAAUCCGGAAAACAUUGCAUAUUAUCAGCAAUAUUUGAAGGCGCUGCAAGUGAGCAAACAAGCUGAUAUUAUUGAAGCCUAUGAACACAUUCAAACAGAGCAUCCACAAUCUUUCUGCGCCAAGCGGUUACCACUGGAUGUAGCUCAGGGAGACAUUUUCCGUACGCUUGUUGAUGAACAUCUGCGCCGUAAUCUUCGGAAGGGUGUACCACCUCUUUUCGUUAACCUCAGCUCCCUUUAUCGGGACGAGAUUAAGGUUCGUGUCAUAACGGAACUUGUUGAAGACUAUCACCAGAAUCUGACGAGCAGUGGCUAUUUCUCUGCUGCGGAUAGAGAACAAAACCUUCCCAAGGAACCAGCAUCCGCACUGCUUUGGACUCUCUAUUAUUUAGCUCAACAUUACGACCAUUUGAGGGAGUCGGAAAAGGCGCUUGACUUCAUCAAUGCAGCGAUUGAACACACUCCAACCCUGAUCGAAUUGUUCGUUACCAAGGCUCGCAUCUACAAACACGCUGGCGAUGUUUUAGAAGCAGUCAAAUGGAUGGACGAAGCGCAGAGUCUGGACACAGCCGAUCGUUACAUUAAUUCCAAAUGCGCCAAGUACAUGUUACGUGCCAACCAGAUCAAGGAAGCUGAGGAUGUUUGCGCAAAGUUCACUCGGGAGGGUGUUUCGGCGACGGAAAAUCUCAACGAAAUGCAGUGCAUGUGGUUCCAGACCGAGAGUGCACUUGCCUACCAACGCUUGGAAAAAUGGGGCGAAGCACUGAAAAAGUGCCAUGAAGUGGAUCGUCAUUUUUCGGAGAUAAUCGAGGAUCAGUUCGAUUUUCACACUUACUGUAUGCGGAAAAUGACACUGCGUUCGUACGUGGGACUGCUUCGAUUGGAGGAUGUACUGCGAAGGCACCCAUUCUAUUUCAUAGCCGCUAAAUGCGCUAUAGAGGUUUACGUUCGCCUUUUCGAUAAACCGUUGCCAGCAGAAUCAGCUGAAGAGGAGCUUGAUACUGAGAACCUUCCGCCCGCAGAACUAAAAAAAUUACGUAACAAACAACGGAAGGCUGCGAAAAAGAAGGCAGAGCAGGAGAAUGCCGCAGCUGCGCAGGCAAAUCAGAAAAAAGAGCAGCACAACAAGCAGCGAAACGCUAAUCAAGACGGUGACCCAGAGGCACCUCAACUGGACGAGUUGAUACCGGAUAAGCUGGCACGCCCGGAAGAUCCUCUCGAUAAGGCAAUCGAAUUUCUUCGGCCCUUGCAAAUGCUUGCCAAAGAGAACAUCGAAACGCAUUUAAUGGCUUUCGAAAUCUACUCGCGCCGAGGCAAGCUCCUGUUGAUGCUGCAAUCGCUGAAACGUGCGCGUGCAAUCGAUGCCAUCAAUUCGACUUUGCAUAAUUGUACUAUAAGGUUUUUCAAAAUCCUCGAAAGACGAAUCGCGGCCGGCGAAAUUGACGCCAAUGUGAAGCUGGUAAUCGAACGGGAACGGAUGCAACUUUUCCGGGGAGCUAAGACGGCUGCCGAACUAAAUGACAAUUAUUUGACAAUGGCUCGCAACAAUGCUGAUGCCCUGUACGAAGUAGCCAAGAUUAUGUACCAGCUGGACGGGAAGAGACGAGACGAGGCAGUCAAGUUGUUCACGUCCGUUGAUUUGAGAACCGUCUCACUGGAGAAUGCGACAAAACUGUUCCUGCUGUUAAAAUCCGGCUUCUUCAACGGUGCAUCCGAGGAGCAAUUGGAAACCUUCAAGAAAAGCUGCCAGAAGCGAUUCCCGUUGGCCAUAGUGUUCGCAGAUGUGGCAGCGACUGUUACCACCCUCACCACCACCCAGUCGUCAUCGGCUGCCGCUUCGGACACGGUCACUACCACGGCAACCGGCAUAACCAUGUGUCCCGUGGAGCAGAAAAAUAACGGAAGCGAAAUAAAAGCAAACUAACUGAAGCCGCGCAUCAGCUCCCGCAAGCAGUAGUCGAGUUUAUCUUGUUUUUUCAUUUUAGUUGAAAGGCAUCGGAAUAGCGUAAAAUGCAAUUUUUAACAUCUAUUGAAAGAUAUUUUAGUCCCGCUCGCAUGUUGAGUUCGGAAAAGAAUGUUCACAAAAAAUCAGGAUGAAGCGAACCCAGUAAUAAAUUGUACCAUAGAUACAGAGAAAUCAACGAAAUCGCUUCGAAUGUGAGGAUAAUUUUCAUUGUUUCGGAUAACUUGCAGUCCGCGUGCAUGUUCCCCAAGUUCAGAAAGUUUACACCACGAUAACCUUGUAAUAUAUGGGUGACCUAAGGCGAACCAUGCUUUAAAAACCUUCCUAGCCUCCUGCCCAAUCCGUACAAUCGUACAUACUCACUAUUGUUUAGUGCCACUAUGCUAGAGAUAGGAUAGUUAAACUUUUCCUGGUGAAUCUUUCAUACUCACGCGUCGGGCACACUUUGAUUGCGUAGAUAUAGGACCUGAACCUGUCACUGUUAUUGAAAUUGAUGAUUCAUACCUAAACGUAGCCUGGUUCUGAUUAGGAGACAACAAUUUAAUCGUUAUGGUGAAACAAACAAUAGCCGAUAUCUUUAGAAAUGCAUAAGGUUCAUAUGACUUUACUAAUAAAUUGGACAGAUUUUACUACGAAAAAUGUCGAAUAUCUUGAAAUACAAAUCAGGCGUGUGUGAACAAGAGGUUAAAUAUAGGUGAGCUUGAAGAAAAAACGGA